AUGGAGGCGAAUCCGGGUCGAUACAAAGUCGUGCAUGAGUCGAGGGGGAACUUUUACGUGUAUCGCUUCAAACGCGACGGGACGACGUACUACCACGGCACCGUCCCCGAUUUCGCCAACCCGAAUAAAAAGCAGCUUCUAUCGGUUGCCUCUAUCGACGCGCUUCCGGUCAACUCAACGUCCGAGCCGUCGCCCCUCGCCCCCGCGAGCACCCCGGUGAACCUCGAGAAGAAUCCCGGUAGAAAGAUCAGUCAUCCUCCGGGAAUCACCACCGAGCAGACGGUGGCGUCAUCUCACAAGAUGAAUGCCCCAUCCUCGAACAACGGGCCGACGCGAAAAUCAAUCCUCAACGCGCUCUUUUUAGAUCCCCACAGCGCCGAGGAGGAUCCGAUGGUGGACCCGGCGCUCGCCGCCUCGCCGAACGCCAGCACGCCGAUCACGGGGAAUGACGGCAAGGGCGGUUCCUUCACUCGCACCGCAUCCCGGCAGGACUACCUCGCCAAUCGCGUCACCUCGGCCGCCAUCGAGGCGGCACGGAUCCUGAUGCGCAACCUCUACAACUACGCCUACAACCUAUCCACCAGUACCGCACCAUUGGCGAACGCGGAGGGCGGCGUCGGAUCGCCCGUCUCGCCGUGCGGGUCGAAACUCCCCACCGGAGGUGGGAGCUUGGCGGCGGCGAAUCAUAGCAACUCAAAGGCGGGCCCGGAGUCGCCUGUGCACCCCAUCCGCGUCAUUUCCCGCAGCUAUGGAAGCUUCUCCGAGCUCUCCGAAGCGAAUAAAGCGGCCUCUCCCGAGGGUGUCGGUUCCUUCUCAAGUAUACAGCUCACCCAAGCCCCGAAGCGGUAUACAGAAAAGGGCUGCUACGUGUGGGAUUGGCGUCGAGUCAAAUCGGACACGGUCGAGGAUGCGAAAUAG